CUGAGGAAGGCGGGACUUCCUGUCCUUUUUCAAAGCGACUGCGGAAGUGACUGCGAACGAAUCGCCGCUGGCACAGUUUAGGGUGUCUGAGCAAGUCGCUGAUUUCGGCGCCAAACAUGCCGGGUCUGGCGGCCGCAAGCCCUGCCCCGUCUGAGUCGCAGGAGAAGAAGCCGUUGAAGCCCUGCUGCGCCUGCCCGGAGACCAAGAAGGCGCGCGAUGCGUGCAUCAUCGAGAAAGGAGAAGAACACUGUGGACACCUAAUUGAGGCCCACAAGGAGUGUAUGAGAGCCCUGGGAUUUAAGAUAUGAGAUGGUGGUCUGCUCAUUCCUGAAGAAUGAAGAAGAUUCAAUGAUUUUGGGAGUUCUUUGAUGAACUUUGACAAAUGAAAGAAGUAUUUAUAAUUUAUUAAAAGAAAUAUCCCUGGUCAAAAAUCUCUUCAUGUGUGUUUGUC